GCUAGAUAUGCAAAUGAGUAUGUAACCAAGAAGGGUCAUUAGGUGCUUUGUGUUUGGGUCUGUUAACGAAAAUUACACCUAAACAAAAAUCAUUCACGUUAUCAAAUUAGCUAAAAUUCCAAUAACAUCGCUAGGAAAAACAAUAUCAAAGUGUUUUUAGAGAAUCUGAAUACAGUUCACUUGAGUUUUACGGAGUUUCAAGCUGUUUUUUAGCGUCCUGUUGUGUAGGAAUGCAACGAAUCGAGGGCUCAUUUGUUUCCUAAUGGCGAAUCUAUUAUCUCGAGUAAAAUGGAAAACCAUGCGGUAGCGGCUCUCUACAAAAAAGUAGUUUCUCCCUCAUUGAAAUUCACCACAGAAGAAUGGAGUAAACAGCGUCACUACCGGCACACCAACUACCAUGGACUGUCCCCUAGCUUCAGGCGCCAACUGGUCGUUAGCCCCAGCAGAAGUACAUGCUCCGCCCCAGGCAGGGUUGAGAGUCAGUUGGCCAUCCAGUCUGCAUCUCCUCUUGCUGACGAUGAAGACUCACAAUCUGGGCAUUACCAUUUCCAGCCAACUACGUCAUUCAAGAAAACUUCUCUCCCAGCCAUGCCUCUCAGCAAGAAGUACACCCCAUCAAUUGCUGGGACUGUCAGAUCUGUUCCGGUAUCUGUAGCAAGACACUCUGCUGUAUCCCUGCCAGAUAGGUUGCCCCAUGAAAAUCCGAGAGUCCUGUUCACUAGCCAGCGACAGAGAUGGGAGGCCGAAGAGAAGGCACGAUCACAGAGCAGAAGACUAAAGAGAACCUCUGAGAUUGUUUCUCAUCGAAUGGACAAGCACUAUUACAUGGCAGGAAUGAAGAUUCCAAUGCAAGGGCGGUGGCAAGUGGACAGUAAUGAUCUGCUGCAGCUUAAGCUUCUAGCACACCGAAAGCAGCUGGCCGAGUACCAGAAACUUAAGAAUCCUGACUAUUUGGACUCACGGGAUAGCCCUGGGGGGCAAAUGAGCACACCCACCCCUGGUGAGGAUGAGCGAAGGCAGCAGUCGAGGGCGCUGUCGUCCAACUCUGAAGGGGCCUGGGCAGAGACUGCCUCUGAUGCCAGCUCAGUUGACGAGUUUGACAGCAUCUCAAUGCGAGGCGAACAGCAGAAUAAACGGGUGCAUCGCCAUGGCAACAGAAAAGGGCGGGGAAAUAAGGAAAAAAACGGCGAUUUGACAAUCCAUGGUGUGGAGAAUGGGGAGACUGGAGAGACAGGAGCCGGAGACGAAAGCAAAAUAGAGGAGCUUAAUAGUCUCAAAGAAAAAGGUUUGAUACCCGAAGACGAUGAGAAGAAUAAGGACACAUCGGACAGGGAGGCAGGAAAAAGUAUAGUAAAGCAUUCAAAGAGCAACACAACAUCGAAUAAAGAAGGAGAGAAAAAUACUCCAACAUCCAAGUCCCCCAAAAAGGGACGGAUUCGAUUUAAAGACGAGGUCAAUACAAGUAGAGGGAGAAAAACUCCAACGAAAGAAAACAAGGACGAGAAGAGCGCGGGUAAUGAAGGGACAGAACCAGAGGAGAAACGCGAAAAUAAGUAUUUGAAUGAGUGGCUUGGAAUAAAAAAGAAAGAAGUGGAUGGACGCUAUAAGCCUGGGAAGCCACCGCCCAAUAGGAUAUUCCUCUCUUCGGAUCCUACAAAGGCAAAGAAGGAUGCUACAAAAUUUUCAGAUGUGUUCCUUACCGAGAUAUCUACCAUCCAGCCACAAGAGUGGUCGGAGGAAGAGGAAUCGAUAAGUGCAAAGUAUGGCAUCAUAAACAGUAAGCAGCAAGCGGCCUUCAAGUCAAUGUUCGAAGAAGUAGACAAGGACAAGAAUGGAUCUGUCACUCUUGAGGAACUGAAGCUACGAAUGAUGCCUGCCAUAUCACGUGACGACAUCAAACACUUUGUUCAGGUGUUUGACCUGAACAAAGACCAGACGAUAGACCGGCGUGAGUUCACGGCAAUCUGCGCAUUGAACGACAGACUCGCAGGGUUAAGGACCGAGACAGCAGACGGAUCUAUCGCCCUCAACCUCCAGAAUCUCGCCCAACACAUCGUUAUAUUCAAGGAGAUGUAUAAGAUAAUGGAUGAAGAUGAUGACAACCGCCUGGAUGCCAAUGAGUUGCUCGUAAUGGUCUCUGCUGGCAUGGAGACCGAGAUAGGGGCGGAUCUGGAACAGGCUAAAGCGGUUCUGGAGGGAGCACGUGAUGAGUUUGGUUACAUCGACUUUGUUGGGUUCCUCGCGUACAUCCCUUUCUUUGCCAAACUGCUCAAGUCGAUCAUGAACAAACCGCUUUCAAUCUCCGAGAUAGAGCAGGCGAGAGAGCGAGUCAAGAUAAAGGACCUCACGUUCACACCCAAGAAACCUAUAAAGGAACCCAAGAGCUGGGAGGUCUUCUAGGUUCAGGCCCAAGCAGUGCAAUGUUUUUGAGGGUAAAAACACUUCUUUUCCUCCUGAGAAAAGUUAGAUUAGGCGCCAAACGACAAUUUUUUUUUGUACAAAUGGAGGGGCGAGCGAGUCAGGCUUUCCGCCAUGGAGGGACUAGAAAAUUUGUAUAACACUCCCCGGGGUGCAAUUUCAAGCAACGUAGCACACAAAAAUCACUAUCUGUUUUGUUCCUCGAUGUGGCCAACAUGUAUCAGAUGGUAUCGCUUUUUCACAAAGGCUUUGAAAUACAGUAAAUAUCUAGAAAGAAUCAUAUUGUAGUUUUAGUACAUUAUAUACCUUAUUACACUUAAUUUUCGCGUCACUUUAAUUUCGCGAUUUUAAAAGAUUCGCGAAAAUAAAGUGACGCGAAAAUAGUGUCGCCAAAAUUAGGAUGCGCGAAAAUUAAGUGAGUACACAAGGAGCUUUUGGGGGAAAUUGGACGUUUUAUGGAAACGCCUUGUCUAUUUAGUCAACUAAUGUACAUAUAGUACGGUAAGGGGUAGAGUUCGACUUGUAUUAAUAGAUUUUAUUUAAUCUAAAUUUAGCCCAUCAUUUUGUUACAAAUUGUUUCAGAUUUAAUGAUUACAGCACAUUUUAAUUCCACUUGUUUUUGAUUUUAUUAUCCCAAAAUCGCAAAAAUAAAGUGAUCUGAUUUUUACGAAAAUAGGAAAAUCGCGAAAAUAAAGUGUCGCGAAAUAUCGCCAUCUCAAAAUCGCGAAAUUUUGACGUCGCGAAAAUUAAGUGUAAUAAGGUAGAUAGUUUAUAAAAGAAACUGCUCUAGGUUUAAUAAAAAUAAAGUGACAUUAAUAUUUUUCAAUGUAGAUAUUUUUUUAAAGUAUAUUUUUUUAGUUUAACGAAAAAAAUGUAAACACAGUAUCUACCAGAAGCAUUCAAAAGGGCAGUAAUGGAUCCAUCCAAAAUUUUACUGUGAAUAGUUGUUUGGAGUACGCACGACAUGACGGAAAAACCCUAAACACGCGCACUUCAAAAAGACUUAUUUUCUCUUUUUAAAACACGAAUAACGUGAGGCCAAAAUGCACAUACCCAGAUUUUGACUUUUUAUGAAAUUUUUUUCCUUGAUCAUCCUUGCGCUAUGUAUAAGCUCAGGGGCGAAAAGCUCAAAUUUGAGACUUUACAAAAAGUCGCAUCAAUUACAAAAAAAUGCAUUUGAUAUUUUGUUUUACAUUACUCACAAGUACUUAGGGGAAUUUUCCGCCUUUUGUGAUGUGAAACGAGCUUAUUGGAAACGUCAAGUCAUGUUUUCCGUCAUGUCGGGACGCCCUGUUUGGUGCCAUUGCAACUGAGGUUGUGUCAAUCAAAAAGUAACCUAUAUUCUUAUUUUUUUACCAGUACAAUAAAAACAGUGCCGUACA